GCAUCUCAUGUAGAUACUGAUCACCCCUUACACUCUCUGUCUGGCCCCUCGCACCUUAUUUUUGGCGGGCGUUGUUUUGUCGUCUCUCCCCUGCUUGCAGUGCUCCUCUCUCCACCCCCUUUGUUGUUUCUCUCCUCUAGCCUCCGCUGCGCGCGCACACCCACACUCUUGCUGGGAUCAGCUGCGCGCUCGCAGUAGUCCGUGCGUCCCUUCCCCCCGCGGCCUGGCUGCUGAUGAGAUGAGCGGAAGAUGUCGGUGUCGGGGCUGAAGGCCGAAUUAAAGUUCCUCGAGUCAAUUUUUGACCCAAACCAUGAGCGCUUCAGAAUAAUCGACUGGAAGCCUGAUGAACUGAGCUGCCAGUUCAAUGUGACGGGAGAAAAACUGCUGAUUAUUCAUUGCAACAUCACGGAGUCUUACCCUUCAACCCCACCAAUAUGGUUUGUUGAUUCAGACGACCCAAGUCUGACUGAAGUCCUUGAACGACUAGAGGAUGUCAGAAAAGGCAAUACUUUGCUCCUACAGCAGCUGAAAAGGCUGAUCUGUGAUUUAUGCCGACUCUAUAACCUGCCCCAGCAUCCUGAUGUGGAGAUGCUGGAUCAGCCUCUUCCUGCUGGACCCAUCAGUCAAGACAAGAAGGCGUGUGAGCUGAUGCAGACUUUUUGUCCUUGUUCUUCCCAGCAUGGAACAACAGAUGAAGUGACAUCAGAAGAAGAGGAGGAAGAGGAAAUGCCAGAGCAGGAUAUAGAAGAUCUAGACCACUAUGACAUGAAAGAGGAGGAACCGGUUGAUGGGAAAAAGUCAGAGGACGAUGGCAUUGAAAAGGAGAAUCUGGCCAUUCUGGAGAAAAUCCGCAAGAACCAGAGGCAGGACCACUUGAACGUAAGUGUCCAUUCGGGUGCGGUGUCUGGUUCAGUUCAGGCCUCUGACCGCCUCAUGAAGGAACUCAGGGAGAUCUAUAGAUCACAGAGUUAUAAGACAGGUAUCUAUUCAGUGGAGUUAGUCAAUGAUAGCCUGUAUGAGUGGCAUGUCAAGUUAAGGACGGUUGACCCAGACAGUCCGUUACACAGCGACUUGCAGGUUUUGAAGGAAAAAGAAGGCAUGGACUACAUUCUCCUCAAUUUCUCUUAUAAAGAUAACUUUCCUUUUGAUCCUCCCUUUGUACGGGUUGUGUCGCCUGUCCUGUCUGGAGGCUAUGUUCUUGGUGGAGGAGCCUUGUGUAUGGAGCUACUUACAAAACAGGGCUGGAGCAGUGCCUACUCAAUAGAGUCAGUCAUCAUGCAAAUCAACGCCACCUUAGUCAAAGGGAAAGCCAGAGUGCAGUUCGGAGCAAAUAAGAAUCAAUACAAUCUUGCCAGAGCACAACAGUCAUACAAAUCAUUGGUUCAGAUUCAUGAAAAGAACGGCUGGUACACACCUCCUAAAGAAGAUGGCUAGGAAAAUCAUUGAUCCACUUAAACACUGCAAACAUGGGAUAUCUGGUCAAAACUUUGCUUUAUUUUACUAAUGUUUUCACCUCUUCAGCUUGAGUAUGAUGCCCCCUCCUGUAAGUGGAAGCCAUCGGGGAAACGUUUGCCCUCUCGCUGUCUGGAAUGCUCAGAAAUUUGCAUCGUCCUUUAUCUUCUGCAAGGCUGGACUCUUUGACCAGAUCCCAUGACGUCUGGAUUUCUGUCUGUUUCUCAUGCGCUCUUUCUCUCUCUCAUCUUUUGUCUUCUAUACUGAUGGGACGUUCAGAGCCUUGGUACUCAUAAGGCAUUCAACAUGGCGUUUCAAAAUGGUCUGAUCAGAGAAAGAGGUUUUUUUUUUUUUUUUUUUUCCUUUUUUGUUGCUUCCUUUUACUGGAGCUUGGCUCUGUUCAGGAUUAUUACAUAGAUGGAGAUGCUCAAUGAAGAUGCUGGAUCUGAUCCUCUCUGUCUGCUUUUAAAGGACGUUCUUAUGGCCAUGGACUUUAAAUGGUGGUUUACUGAACUUAAAACAGGAUAUGGAUGCAACUAGAGACAAUGUGAAGACAAUGUGCCACUGCUCUUGUAUCUAUAGAGACUUUUUUUCCCUCAUGCAUUCUGAGAUAACAUGUAAUGGUACAUUUAAUGCUGAUGUCGUCGAAGAAUCGUUACUUGCCACAAUUAUAUGCGUAAGCUUCCUAAGCAACCCUAAUAUUAACGAUAACAGCGAGGACGAGAGGAAGGGGCGCUUAUACAACUCUAGCUCAAGAUCUUGUUUUUCCAACUAAGGAUGAAUUCCACUCAGUUUCCUCAAGCUUGCUUUUAGCAUGUGGCUGAUCUGACCAAUAAUGGACAAAUGCAAGCAUUGGCUUUGAAAAGGCGAAGCGGAACUUGCUGUCGCUCCAUAUUUGAACAGAGCUCCACUUGUAUACUUGUAAAUGGAUUUAAGGUGUCUUAAAUGUGGUGUUUAUGUGAAGUGGGGGAAUUAAAUGAGUUGU